UCAAACCCCAAAAUUGCUUCCUGCCUGCUACUCUUUCUAACGCCGUGUCUUCCUCCUUCCUCCUUCCUCCUUUCUCUCUCACUGUGGAAGAAGGAAGAGCAAGAAAUUUGAAGUUAACAGGAAUGAUUGGAAGAUUAGGAGAUGGACAUCACCAUAUCACCACGAUCAUCAAGGACAGAUUUCUAGGGUUUCUAAUCUGGCAAUCAUUUCAUUCAACACUCAUCUACUUUAUCUGCAAAACCCUUCUCUCCCGGUUAGCCCCUUCAGUCACCCUUCUCGCCGCCGUCUUUGCCUUCCUCUUCUUCCAACUCUCUCUCCUUCUGUUCUCCACUUCGCUCUACCUUGUAUCCUCUCCUCAAUUCAUUCGCGGGGUUUCACCUUUCGAACUCCUCGUUGGCCUAGUUAAACUCAUCUUCGUCUAUGGAGGUCAGCCCUUGCCAUACGAUUUUAGACGGAGGGCCAAGGUUACUUUGAGCUUUGUACUCUUCCUAGCUUCCUCCGGGGUGUCUGCUUUUCUGUCUGUUGUUUGCCUUUCUGGGUCUCAGGUUUUUGGAGCAAUAGGGCUCAGGGGUUUAGUUGUUGGCUUAAUUUAUGGAUCGCAUUAUCUGUUUUCAAGGAGAUGGGUUUUGGAUUUCCCCAUUAUUCAGCGGCCUCUGUUCUUCAGUUACAAAAUGGGCAUCCUUAAGGCAAUUGUAAAAGCCGUGAAGCUUUCAAGUGCUGGGUACCUAGUCUCAUUAGUGCUGCCUAUUUUUCUGGUUAAUGAGCACAAAAGUGAGCGGGCAAUGGGAGAUCUCGUUGUUGAGCAGAUCCUUUUUUAUUUUGCAUCUGGUGUGGUGUUCCUUUGUUGGGAACUAAAUCGGCAUUUGCUUCAGGUAUUUCUUACAAAGAGGUAUUUAUUUGCCCCCCCAAAGGGAUCAGCAGCGGCAGAAACAAACCCAAGCGAUCAUCUUCUCGCAGCGCUUGAGGAGACAACUCCAAGAUCACUUCUACGACAUCUUGCUUAUCUCGACCUCUGCAUGGUGAGUGAGAGUAAUGUUGAUACAUGGCGUCGAGCUGCAUUCUUUGAAGAAACUGGCGAUACCUACAAAAAGGUGAUUGCUGUAUGCCUGAAACCAUUGGAACAACUCACGUUGGAUUUGAGUGAAGGUCUGAGAAGUUCUCCUGAGAAGUCAUUCCAACUAUCCCGUCAGUUACAUUCGCCAACUGAGUCAAGCCUCCGAGAACCAUUUUAUGACUUUCAGGUAUGCGCAUGGUGUGCUCGGAUUGCAUCUUCACUUACUGUCCGUUCCCACAAAGAAGAUCGUUUCGGGGUUGCCCAACUCUCUGGUAGCAAUGCUGCAACCAUCUCCACCCUUCUGGCUUGCUUAUUAGCGGUCGAAACUUUAAUGGGGAAGAAGACUAACCUCCAAUCAUCAACCCAAUAUUUAACGGGUCCUGCCAAUAUCAAAUGGGCGGCAUUGAGCCCGGCAAGGAGAGAUGCAAUGACAACAAAUGGCAUGACAGCAAAUAAGAAAGAUGGCCCUCAUUACUCAAAAGCAUAUUCCAUGGCUGACAUUCUUAGGACCUCAAUCUACCAAGUUGUGUCCAAUUUCCAUCAAGAAAUGGUUAGCAGUUCUAAAGCUGGAUUGCUUGAGAAGGACUGGAUCGUUGCAGGUAAACCGCUGUAUGAAAACCAUGAGCUUCUUGUGCAGAAGCUACGGCUGUUUCUUGAAUUUCAAGCUAACUAGUGGCACCACCUCCUUGCUAGCGGCACCACCACCCCGUCCGAGUGAAGAGAUCAGUUCUGUUGAAGAAGUGUUGGGGAACUAAUGAUGUGAAUUACAUUCUGCCUUUCAGUUUGUCUUUUGCAACCAUUGUAAUGUACAAACAUAUGAUGUUGAAGACGCUCAAAACAAAAGCAAUUGAAUUCGUC